GUCAUCCCCUGUACUAUCCACAGUCUCUGGUCAUCCCUGUACUGUCCGCAGUCUCUGGUCAUCCCUGUGCUGUCCGCAGUCUCUGGUCAUCCCUGUGCUGUCCGCAGUCUCUGGUCAUCCCUGUGCUGUCCGCAGUCUCUGGUCAUCCCUGUGCUGUCCGCAGUCUCUGGUCAUCCCUGUGCUGUCCGCAGUCUCUGGUCAUCCCUGUGCUGUCCGCAGUCUCUGGUCCUCCCUGUUCUGUCCGCAGUCUCUGGUCAUCCCUGUUCUGUCCGCAGUCUCUGGUCAUCCCUGUUCUGUCCGCAGUCUCUGGUCAUCUCCUGUACUGUGUCCGCAGUCUCUCUGGUCAUCCCUGUACUAUGUCCGCAGUCUCUGGUCAUCCCUGUACUGUGUCCGCAGUCUCUGGUCACCUCCUGUACUGUGUCCGCAGUCUCUGGUCAUCUCCUGUACUGUGUCCGCAGUCUCUGGUCAUCUCCUGUACUGUGUCCGCAUUCUCUGGUCAUCUCCUGUACUAUGUCUGCAGUCAGCAGUCAUCCCCUGUACUAUCCACAGUCUCUGGUCAUCCCU